UCCAAUAUGGCGGCUGUAAGCCACAUCAGGGUUUCGUAAACCCUCCGCUGCUGGUUGCUAUGUUCCAAAGCUGCGAGACAGUGGGAACUAAUGAAACACAUGACAUGGUUUCCCUGGGGAAGAAGGCCACCGACUCUGCCAAGGCUGUAAUCCUGAGCCUAGAGAAACUGCAGGAUGGCAGGGAGUACAGUUUACCGUGUCCAUGCAUUCCUCCUGAGAUCAGAGUGGGCUUAUCCGAUCUCAACCCAAGCAGUGUGAAGUUAGCCAAGAGUUUGGUGGAGAAAGCAGUUAAGAUGCACAAGAUAUUCGCCAUCCAGGGCCCGUAUCCUGUCAUCAGGGCAGCUUUGAGGGCCAGGGGCUGGAUUGAACAACGCAUGCCGCAGCAGGUCCAGCAGCGUCAGAACAGUGACAGCAGAUCGAAUGAUGCGGAAGAAGACAACUCAGAGGAAACUGAAAAAGAAAAGGAGCCAGAUAGGCUGCACAGUCUCAUGUCUCGUCUUGUGCGGAACGAGAUGGUUUAUUUCUACUGGACGAACCGUAGAGACGCAAUCUGCACAAACAGCUUGCAGAAAGAGCAGAUUGUCAAUCAUUUUGCUAAGGCAGGCAGUUUCACCACAAAGGCGGGGUUGUGUGUGAACUUAAGGAAACUCCACUGGUUUGACUCGGCUGACCCAGACAGCUUCUUCCCCCGCUGUUACAAACUCGCAGCCCGCGACGAGAAGCACGCUUUCAUUGAGGACUACAGGCGGACUGCGUGCACCAGUUUACUGAAAUACGUUGUGGAAAAGGACCAGCACAUUCAGUGGAACGAAAUAUGUCAGAACUUUCAGGAUGUUCAAUGGCAGAAGAAACAGAGCAAACUCCACUGUAAACCACUGGUCCCUUCCGAAACGGUUACUACUGCGCUCAAAGUAUGCCAGGAAUACCUGGAGAGUCUGGAGCACGGAGACAUCGACAAAAGCCUGGAAACACCACAGACACUGACACAGGAACAGUGGGAAGGGUUUCUUAACAGUUAUUAUCUUGUUGCUCAUGGCAGAGCGCAAAUCGAGAGAAGUGGAAAUUUCGUUAGCUCCUGCAAGGCCAUGCUGCAGAAACUUGAGAAGGUUUGCCCACAGCUGGGCAUAGACGGCACACAAAACAUCUGGAUCAUCAAACCCGGAGCAAAGUCCAGGGGCAGAGGCAUCAAAUGUGAAAAGCGUCUUGAUCAGAUCCUCAGGCUAGUGAGCAUGGACUCAACCUUUAUCAAGGAGAGCAAGUGGGUGGUGCAAAAGUACAUAGAGAAACCCUUUCUGGUCCAUGACACCAAGUUUGACGUGCGCCAGUGGUUUCUGGUCACUGACUGGAACCCUCUGACUGUGUGGUUCUACAAAAAGUGCUAUUUGCGCUUUUCCACCCAGCCGUACUCAUUAGACACACUCGACAGCUCGGUGCACUUGUGCAAUAACUCCAUCCAGAAGCACCUGAGGCCCUCUCAUCAACGCCAUCGCUGCAUUCCAGCACACAACAUGUGGUUGGAUGACCAGUUCAAGGCCUUUCUGGCCAGCCAGGGCAAGGAAGCUCUUUGGGAGACUGUUGUAGUCCCAGGAAUGAAGACAGCCGUGAUCCAGGCACUGCUGACAGCACAGGAUCUGAUAGAGUCACGCAAGAACACAUUUGAGCUUUAUGGCGCUGAUUUUAUGUUAGACUUCAGCCUGCACCCAUGGUUAAUAGAAAUCAACGCUAGCCCCACAAUGGCACCCUCAACCUGUGUGACCGCCCAGCUCUGCACUGCUGUGCAGGAGGACACAUUACGAGUGGUCCUGGACCGCAGAGUGGACCGUUCCGCAAACACUGGGGACUUUCAGCUCAUAUAUAGGCAGGUUCAGUACCACAUACUGGACAUGUGGUGGCAGUACCAGCCGCUCGAAAAGCUGAAGAUCACUUUCUUUCAGCCGGAAGAAGAAGAGUGAAGC